AUGGAGCUUCAGCACGAGUACGAGCAUGGGCGUACAUUUAAAGUCCCUGUCAACACUCAACUUCAAGAACCCUGGAGCGAUACGUUAGAGCGCAUUAUUCCAUUCCUUCAGUGCGUUGAUGAGUGCAAUUCCAAUUCUCAAUAUCACCCAAUAAAUCGCGCCAGCAUUCAAUAUUAUGUGGGAGAUGGCUUCAAACCUACAUUGAUGGGCCAUGUUAGACAAACAUUCUAUUCCUGGAAACAAAUCCUAGAAUCUCGGACUCUUAAACAGAGAGUACUGUUCACAGGCGAAUGCAGAUCACGUACCAAAGUCGUCUACGGAAAACAAAAUCACGGGGCUCCUGCAAUGCCAAGGAAAAGGACACUGGAACUUCUUGACUUGCCGUGUGAUGUUUUUCAGUAUAUUUUCGAAUACGCUGUAGGCUCUUAUGAGCUAAAAGGAGACCUCCUUAGGCUCUGUCGCCACACCUAUCGCAUCCACUAUCGUCAAAAUACCUCAACACAGUUAAUCCUCUAUAAGCCCCGGGCCUGGGCCGAAUUAAAGGUUCUCCAGAUUUGUCGAGCGUUCCGGAAUUUGGCCAUAUCGUACUAUGGUUUUCCCCAGGAAAAUAGCUUUCCUUUCAGUCCCAAGUUGGACACCAUAGUCAUUCAAGGCGAAGGAUUAGAUUGCAUCGGCGAGGAAAGGACUUACUCCGGUGUUUCCUGUUUCGCAAAUCUUUACUUGCAGGAUUGGAACAACGAUGACCACUGGCUUUAUUACGACGGGGUUUAUCGAUUCAACGAGAACAAGUGUAAUGUGAGACCUUGGAGCAAGGUCACAAAGAUAUCAAACGAAUUUCUACGGAGACCGACUGAGAUCACAAUAGAUAUUCACGAUGGCAGCACAUAUAAAUCACACUGGAAACAUAUCUGGCAUUUCCUCGGCCGCACGUUCACCAAUACAACGUGCUUGAGAUUCAAUAUUAGCCGAGUAGAUUGCUGCGCCCGUAGGAAGCCAGAGAGAGCGCAAGGCCUGGGUGUGAAGAAGAAGAGGAAGUACUAUUUGAGUCACGACAUAAGAAUUCUUCGUGAAUUAGGUUUCGCAAUAGAAGAAUCUCCUCCGAACCGCCUUUUCCCCAAGCUGGAGGCUCUAAAGCUGGUAAGGGUCGCGGACUAUUGCACAGGCACAUGGUCACCGGAGAACCGGAGAACCAGGCGGCUACUUGGGAUAAAGAUGGCGCAUAGAGACUAGUUGCGGUCGGGGACCGGUUAGGUUGAUAAAGAAAGAAUGAGAAAAAGAGAGUUGUAAUAUAGUGGUAAAUACAGCAGUAGAGAUAAUCCAGAUCUAUC